AUGGCCUGCGGCGCGGCGGGAUCGGCGGACGGGCCGUGCGUGCUGUGCUGCGGGGAGUUGGAGGUGGUGGCGUUAGGCCGCUGCGAUCACCCCAUCUGCUACCGCUGCUCGGUGCGGAUGCGGGCCCUGUGCGGCGUGCGGUACUGCGCGGUGUGCCGAGAGGAGCUGGGCCAGGUUGUCUUCGGCCGCAAGCUCACCUCCUUCUCAACCAUAGCACUUAGCCAGCUGCAACAUGAGAAGAAAUAUGACAUUUAUUUUAUGGAUGGAGAUGUUUAUGCACUGUACAGGAAGCUGCUGCAGCAUGAAUGCUCUUUGUGUCCAGAGCUGAAGCCAUUCAACACCUUUGCAGAUCUGGAGCAGCACAUGAGGAAGCAGCAUGAACUCUUCUGUUGUAAACUGUGUGUUAAACACCUCAAGAUCUUUAGCCACGAGCGGAAGUGGUACUCGCGGAAGGAGCUGGCCAGGCACCGCAUCCACGGGGACCCAGACGACACCUCCCACCGCGGCCACCCCCUCUGCAAGUUCUGCGACGAGCGCUACCUGGACAACGACGAACUGCUCAAGCACCUCCGCAGGGACCACUACUUCUGCCACUUCUGUGACUCUGAUGGCGCUCAGGAAUACUACAGUGACUACGAGUACUUGCGGGAGCACUUCCGCGAGAAGCACUUCCUGUGCGAGGAGGGCCGGUGCAGCACCGAGCAGUUCACCCACGCCUUCCGCAGCGAGAUCGACUACAAGGCUCACCGCAGCGCCUGCCACAGCCGCAGCCGCGCCGAGGCGCGCCAGAACCGCCACAUCGACCUGCAGUUCAGCCUGGCCCCACGCCACCCGCGCCGCCCCGAUGGUGUCAUAAGUGGAGAGGACUAUGAAGAAGUGGACAGGUACAACAGGCAGGGGAGGGCCAGCAGACUGGGUGGCCGAGGGAGUCAGCAGAACAGAAGAGGCAGCUGGAGGUACAAGAGGGAGGAGGAAGACAGGGAUGUGGCAGCAGCAGUCAGGGCAUCAGUAGCAGCCAAACGGCAGGAGGAGAAUAAACAUGUGGAGGAAAAAGAGGACAGCAGCAGCCGAGGCAGAAAGGAGGAGCUGAGGGAUCCUGAGGUGCUCAGCUCCAAGCGUGUGCCAAAGUCUUCAAAUGAUGCUGCAGAAGCAGCUGCCAACGGUGCUUUAAGCCAAGAUGACUUCCCAGCAAUUGGUUCAGCAGUGGGAGCUCUACAAGGCCCUGCCCAGCUCUCAGCAGUUAAGCUAAAAGAAGAAGAUUUCCCAAGCUUGUCACCUGCAGCACCCAGCACCAUCUCCUCAGGGAUCUCCUUGACCUACACAGCCACUGCGAAGAAAACUGCCUUCCAGGAAGAGGAUUUUCCAGCCUUGGUGUCCAAGAUGAGGCCCAACAACAAAACAAUCCCCAGCAUCACAUCUGCAUGGAACAAUGGUUCCAGUAAGAACGUGGUCAAAGCCAUGAGCACCCCCUGCAUCGCCCAGCCAGCCAAGAAGCCUUCCCUGAACACCUCCAAGGGAAGCAGGAAGAACAAUAAACUCUCUCAGUCAGACGAGGAAGAUGCUGGUAGUGGCUUGACGACCCAGGAGAUCAGAAACACACCAACCAUGUUUGAUGUUUCGUCCUUGCUGGCAGCUUCUACCUCACAAACUUUAACCAAGGUGAGCAAGAAGAAGAAGCUGGUGGAGAAACAGAGACCAUCGUCCCCACACCCCCCACCGGAGACGUCCCCCAGGUCGGCGGCCGAGAAGCUGCCCGAGGCAGAGCGGCCAUCGAGUGCCUGCUCAGCUCUGCACGCCUCUGACAGACCCUCAGCCAUCAUGAAUGGCCAUCUGGAGAAGUCACUGAGCAUCUGCAGUACCCCCAAAGAGCCUCCUGGCCUUAAAAAGCCCACAGUGACUAGCAAAUGCCCUUUACCUCAGGAAGACUUCCCAGCUCUUGGGAGCUCAGGGUCUGCUCGGAUGCCCCCACCACCAGGCUUUAACACUGUGGUGCUAUUAAAGAGUCCUCCUCCACCUCCAGGACUGUCGGUGCCUGUCAGCAAACCCCCCCCAGGCUUUGCUGUCCUCCCAUCCACCAAUGUCUCUGAACCUGUCACUACAGCUUUGAAGGAGCCAAAAUCCUGUCAUGGAUCCUACUUGAUACCUGAAAACUUCCAGCAGAGGAACAUCCAACUAAUACAAUCCAUCAAAGAGUUUCUCCAGAGUGAUGAGUCCAAGUUCAACAAGUUCAAAACUCAUUCUGGGCAGUUCAGGCAGGGUCUGAUCUCUGCCGCCCAGUAUUACAGGAGCUGCCGAGAGCUGCUCGGGGAGAACUUCAAGAAGAUUUUUAAGGAGCUCCUGGUGCUGCUGCCUGACACAGUUAAACAACAAGAACUUCUUUCUGCUCACAAUGAUUUCAGAGUCAAGGAGAAGCAAAGCUCCAACAAACCCAAAAAGAACAAAAAGAGCGUUUGGCAGACGGACUCCAACCUCGACCUCGACUGCUCCAUCUGCCCCACCUGCCAGCAGGUGCUGACUCAGCAGGACCUUGUCACCCAUAAGGCUUUGCACCUGGAGGAUGAGGAGUUCCCCUCCUUGCAGGCCAUCAGCAGGAUCAUCAGUUAGCUGUCCCCAGGAACCAGGCACUGCGGCGAGGCGAGGAACCUGCACUUUCUGGGCUCGAGGUGUGGUGGUGGUGGUGCUGCUGCCAGCCACAGUGCUGGGCCAGGAGCUGGACGUGGAGCUGGGGAGGGGGUCUGGUAGAGAACCCCCUCAGUGCUAUUCAUUAAUAAAAGAAAAGAAAAGGGGUGGUGGGACUGUGCGAGUUCAUGGUGACAUCCCAAAAGGUUGAGCUUCCACAGGCCUUGGGUAGAAUUU